AUGUCUUAUCAAAAUUUAAAACAAGAAAAAGGGGUAGAGAUUGCAUUGGCUUAUUUAAGAGAAGUUAAACAUCGAUGUAAAAAACCUAAAAUAUUUAAUGAAUUUUGUGAGACUAUGAAAUUAUUUAAAAGAAAAGAAAUUACUGAAAGUUUUUGUCAUAAUGUUGUUAAAAGUCUUUUUAAAGAUGAUCCUGAAUUAUUAGAAGGUUUUUAUGUUUAUUUUCCUAAACAAUCAUCAUCAUCGACUUUUUACAUAAGCACAACACAAGAAGUUAAAGUUGAUAAUAAAGAAAACAAUACUAAUCAUAUGAACAUUAAAAACCAAGUUAUUGUUAAUGAAAAUGACAACAAAUUGGAUUUUCGAGUGAAUGAUCGUCAAAGUCAUAUCAUUAUUAGUACCGGAGAAGAGAAAAUGGUGAUGAUCGAUAAAGAAUUGGAAAAUGAAAAUAUUUCUAAUAUUAAUCAAGGUACAAAGACAGAAUUUAUUAAUGAAUUUUAUACAAAUUUUCGUUCACCAAAGAAAGAAGCAUCCGAUCUUUCAACAGUUAUUUCUAAUUCUAGAAGUUCCUCAUUCUCUCAAACACCAUCACCACAAAGUUCUUUCAAAAAUGUUGAGAUUUUUGAUGAUGAUGAUAAUAUGAACUUAUUAAUGCCAUCAUCAUUUAUAAAAAAGAAAGAUACACAAUUACAACAGCAAAUAGCAUCAUCAUCUCCAGCGUCAAAUUCAUCGGAAACGGGUUUACGAAGAAGCACUCGUAAUCGUAAAGUUGCUUCGAAACCAGUUGAUGAUGCUUAUGUUUUUUAUAAAUAA